AUCCUGGAUUUGAGACCCGUUUAAAACCCGAGACCCACCGAAAAAGCACUCGGACACACUCAGACUGCCCGAGAGAGAUCGCAAAAAAUUAGCACCGCUGCUGCUGCAAUGAGGGCCGUCGCCAUCCUCUUCUUCUUCCUGUCCCUCUCCAGCUCCGUUUUUGCGGACAAGGAGGUCAAAGAGUUACAGAUUGGCGUCAAGUAUAAGCCGGAAACUUGUGAACUUAAGGCUCGUAAAGGUGAUACAGUCAGGGUACACUAUCGGGGGAAACUCACUGAUGGAACUGUAUUUGAUUCUAGUUUUGAAAGAGGCGAUCCAAUCUCUUUUGAGCUUGGCACUGGUCAAGUUAUAAAAGGAUGGGACCAAGGAUUGUUGGGAACGUGCGUAGGUGAGAAGCGUAAGUUGAAGAUACCUGCAAAACUAGGUUAUGGGGAGCAAGGUUCUCCACCAACCAUCCCAGGUGGUGCAACACUGAUAUUCGAGACCGAGCUGGUGGAAAUUCUGGGAAAAAAUUCAGAAGAGCUGUAGUUGGGGAAUGAUUCCGUUCUUAGUUUUCUUCAAGAAGUUUCUUGUAUCCACAACCCAGUGGAGCCAAAACCUUAUUUUCCUUUGUAUCUUUACUAGACUACACUACAUUCUAGUGUACUUUUUUAACUUUGUAAUCAGCGUCGAUUGUCUGUGGCUUCACAUUGACCAAAAAAUAGUGGCUUCACUUGUCAUGUCAUGAUACGGUUAAAAUUGUUAAUGUUCGUGCAAGCUUCGGCGAGUUUUUUUUCUUUCA